AAAACAAGUGAGCUCACGAGUAAACGGUUUUAUCUUUCUACCUUAAAAAUGCUCAGAAAGAAGUCAAGUAGCACUGAAAAGAAAAGGAAACACUCGCAGUCUGAGGAGCGACACGACAACAAUAAACGCAGAAGUACGGAAUCCACCUUGGAGGACUCCAAAGAUGAUCUCGCUGACCCAGAGCUGGACAGGAUUGGUAGUGACAUCGAGGAUGGAGGACUCGACCUCAGCCUGCCCUUCCAGCCCAUCACAGCUUAUGUCAAAGACAAGCGGGAGAUGCUGGAGCAGUGUUUUCACGUGCUGGGUGACAAGAAGCUACGGAAAAUGCUGCCUGAUGAACUAAAGGACUGUAAUUUAGAGGAAAUCAAAAAGCUGUGCUGGGAGCAGCUGGAGCCAAUCUCAGAGACAAAUCUUACACAGAUCUUAACAGGGGAAGAAGUGACAUCUGGAAAUGGCGACAAAAACACAGAAAGCCAGCAAGACAGUAAUGUGGACUCUACUUCUUGCCUCAAAGAAACUGCAAAAGCUGAGGACCCUAAGCAAGAGGGUGGUGGUUCGGGGGAGGAAAGUGACGUCCUAAGCAUAAACGCAGACGCUUACGAUAGUGACAUAGAGGGACCCAAAGAGGAGCACGCUGUUAAAGAUGUGGACGGGGCGGUGAAGGUAGUCGACAGCAGCGGGGAAGGUGCUCACCCAGCCUUAAACCGUGACCCAGCGAACCCUGAACCUCCCACGGGCUCUCAACCAACAGAAGCAAAAAAAGACAUCCAAAGCGACAUAGACAAAAGCGUUAGUGAGAUUUUAGCGUUUUCAUCCACUUCAAGCAAAGAGGCAGCUGAGGAGGUACAGAGAAUGCCCCCCCAUGGUGCAGAUCUUAGUUCACCGAUUCAAGGCGGACCAGUUUCAAGUUGUUCACCCGCAGCAUGUCAACCGUCAGUUCAGCAGCUGGAGCUUCUGGAGUUGGAAAUGAGGGCGAGGGCAAUCAAAGCCCUGAUGAAAGCAAGUAACGGGAAAAAGCCUUGUUUAACAAAAAAUGCUUAGCAUGUUUUAUUUUUUAAUGGUUUAAUGGUUCAAACUCUCUGAAAUAAUAACAGCUUUUUCAUGUUUGUGCUCAAAUGAUACAACAGAUGGGUAACACUGGUUCUCUCUUUAAGCUGUGAUUCAUUCAGGAGGAUACCAUUCAAACCAUGCUGUGUUAUUACUCCACAUUGGAAUGAUGUUAUAAGCUAUUUAAUGUGAAAAUUAAACACAAAUGCCUGUCACACAAUA